GAGGGCGCGUUAAUCGGAGCCAACGAAGAAAUAAUAUGUUUUAAAAGAGGAGAUCAAUUGCAUUCCCGUGUUCCUUACUUCUUAUAUUUUCCUCAGUUAUUUUCCGGGAUAUCGGUGUUCAGAAACCCUUAGUAAAGGUGGGCGGUAGACUCGGUAACUCGAUAUUUAAAAGUUCCGUAACCUGCAGUUAAAGGAGACAAGAGAUUCACAUAACAUGUUGGUACAAUGGGUAACAAGCUGUUCAUCAUUGCACUAGUGGUCGCUCUAGCUGCCACCCUUAUUAAUAUCCACAUGAAGAAGGGAGAGACGCAGUACAUCUUCUAUGCAGAAUGGUAUGAUCCAAUGUCAGCCACAGUGAAAAAAUUUCAGUUGAGCUUCUUCCCAAGGGAUAAGUCUGUGGAGAUGUAUGAUCUUCGAGCUCAGCGGUUAUUUCUAAAGCGGCUUCCUGUUGAUGGCGUGGAAGAGAGAGACCUGUACCUGGGCAAUACUAUUGUCAUUCUUUCUCGGCAGUUAAAACUCACUGAUUAUGCAGAUGCAACCACACGUGAACAAAUCACUUCCAGGAGACAGAGAACAUUUGCAAUGGUGAAACCUGAUGCUGUACAUAGAUUAGGGGAAGUCAUAGAUGUCAUCCAGAGUCGAGACUUCGAAAUUAGUCAGAUGAAAAUGGUUCAGCUGUUGAGGAGCCAGGCAGCAGCUUUCUAUCAAGAACAUGAAGGUCGACCAUUCUUUGAGCCUCUCUUGGACUACAUCACAAGUGGUCCUGUUGUUGCGAUGGAACUGAUAACAACCAACGCAGUCAAAAAAUGGCGAGAGACCCUGGGACCCACAGAUUCUGAGGUAGCAAGGCAAGAUUCUCCAGAGACUGUCCGAGCAAAGUUUGGUAAAGACAAGCAGUCAAAUGCAGCACAUGGUUCUGAUUCUGAUACCUCAGCCACAAGGGAAAUUGAAUUCUUCUUCCCUUCUUCGAAAGUGAAUGAUGUGAUGGUGCCACAGACCAUCGCCCAUCUCUCACACAAUACUUGUUGCAUCAUUAAACCUCAUACUAUUGCUGCAGGUAACAUGGGAGGUAUCCUGAACGCAAUAAAAGAGGAAGGAUUUGAUAUUUCUGCUCUUCAGAUGUUCCGUAUGGAUAAAAUUCAAGCUGAAGAGUUUUUAGAGGUGUAUAAGGGUGUAGUUAGUGAGUAUCCUGGAAUGGUACAGCAACUUAUGUCAGGGCCAUCUGUGGCUUUAGAAAUAACAAGUAUACAUGGAGAUGAAACACCAAUCAAGUUCAGAGAAUUUGUAGGACCAGCUGAUCCAGUUGUAGCCAAAGAGUUGCGACCCCAUAGUAUCAGAGCCAGAUUUGGGGAGGACAAAGUGAAGAAUGCAGUACAUUGUUCAGAUCUUCCAGAUGAUGGCCCACUGGAGGUUGAAUAUUUCUUCAAGAUUCUCCAGUGACCAGAAACAGAUUGAUUUGUACAAGACAGAUCUCACCAUGUGGGCCAGUGACCUGUGUCUGGGUGAGCUAAUCUCUGUAAAAAACAAAACAAAUUUUUUUUCUGUUCCUGUACUGUAUAAUAUAAAUGAGCAAGUAAUUUGUGCAAUAACUUUCUCAUUGCCAAGUAAAAUUUUUCUCUAAGUGGCAUCCUAGUAGACAUAACCAUCAUGGGAUGUUCAUUGCCAAUAAUGUCUAGCCCAAAUUUCAGUACUGGCUAGCUCAAAUUUCUAUCAUGUAUCACUGUCACUCUGAGUUCCUUAUUUCACUGAUAAAUUGUCCUGGUGUGACAUGCUUCAAGGUGAAUAAUGUUCUUUUUCUGGUGCCUCAGAAUGGUUUCAUAUACCUAAGGUGGAUAGCCCUAUUACCAGAAUUUUGGUAUAAUAUUUGAAAACAAAUAUUGUUAAAUGGAUUUCAGAGUAAAGCAAAAAAUCUUUUAAAAGAUGUGUACUGCACUUUUUUUCCAGUAUUUAUUUCCAUAUUCAAAUGUACAGUAGUACAGUACAAAUGAUUUAUGAUUUGUCACUCACCAGUUCACUGCACUACCAUUUAAUUUUACAGCAACAAAAUGAAAAAAAAAUUAAAGGGGGGGGGGUGGGAAUGCAAUAAUUUAACUCUGGGCUUUGGGCUAUAGUCAGCAUAUCCCCCCACCCUCCCCCCACUUGGGUAUACUCAGGAACAUUUAAAAAGCAAAUUAAAAAACAAUUCUAGUUCAACAAACUGGCCAUGCAUGAUAUAAACAGGAAAUAAAUACGUAUCCUUACCACAAGUUGGCACGGGGCUAUUAAGAAUCGAGAAUGUUUGUGAAGUGGCAGGUGUGUGAUGCAGUAGUAACUAGGUAAACAACACUAAGUAUGAGGUACAUGAAACUUGUUUUACUAUGUUAUUACCAUUUACACUAUUAACAGGCAAAAUAUUACUGCUCCAGUAAUUCAUCAUAGUGCUAGACUUGAGGUUGGGGGUAGAAACACAGUGAAUCGUGUCCAAGGACGAAAUUCCUACAUCACAAAAACUGAGAAGUUAUUGAUAGAAUCACAUGUGUGAGUGAAUGAAAGAUAAAUACCUACUUGCCAAUAUAAUUUGACCAGGCCCACCCUUUUUAUUCAAAUGGGCCCACGGAUGAUCAAAAUGGCAUAUGACGUUAACAAUGAAGGUAACAAUUCCAUGCCAUUCCAUGUAAUACAUUUUUCAUAAUUUUUGCUUGCUCCUGUAAUUUUGUUUAUAUUGUAUGUUGACAUAAUAAACAAAAUAUCCACA